UCAGCUGCUGCUUAGUGGGGGGAGGGGUACCAGCCCCAGCCAAACUUCAACCUCCGCACGGCCCGGGAGAGUGCAAGCAAGCCAAAGCCAUGAGCAGCCAAUACCAAGAAGAGAGCUGCUCCGAGAGGCCCGAAUGCAAAAGUAAAUCGCCAACUUUGCUUUCCUCCUAUUGCAUCGACAGCAUCCUGGGCAGGAGGAGCCCCUGCAAGAUGCGGUUGCUAGGAGCAGCUCCUAAUCUGCCGCCUCUGGCCAACCGGACGGAGCCAGACAAGGCCGGGCAAGGAUCAGGCAAGGGCAGCCCGCCCGGUUUCGAGAUGGGCGAGCUGCAUCUGCCGCCCAAGUUGCGCCGCCUCUAUGGGCCUGGUGGGGGCCGAUUGCUGGCGCGGGCCGAGGCAACCGCCUCGUCGUGGGACUCUCUCAAGAUCAGCCAGGCGCCACAGGUCAGCAUCAGUCGAAGCAAGUCCUACCGGGAGAACGCGCCCUUUGCGCGUAGCGCUCGUACCGUCGACGAAUUGAGCAGCCCUGGAGGUGGCGGCGGCCCCGACGGUAGGCCAAGCCGAGGGGAGGAAAUGCUGGAGGAGGAGGAGGAAGAGGAAGAGGAAGAGGAAGAAGAGGAGGCCGAGGAGCUGGAUGAAGAGUUGGACGAGGACGACGAACUGCUAACCGAGGCCAAAGACGCCCGACGGAGCUCGGGGUCCGCGGGUGGGACUGGCGUGGGGCAUGUGGCGAUGGGAAGCGAGGGUGCCGGCGACUCGCCCAAGGAGGAGCUGCUGCUCCCUGCUGACGAGUUGGCUGACGGCAAGGAUGGUGAGGACAGCGUGUGCCUGUCGGCGGGCAGUGAUUCCGAGGAGGGGUUACUCAAGAGGAAGCAACGCCGUUAUCGCACCACCUUCACCAGCUACCAGCUGGAGGAGCUCGAGAGGGCCUUCCAGAAGACCCACUACCCAGAUGUCUUCACCAGGGAAGAGCUGGCGAUGCGCCUGGAUCUGACUGAAGCCAGAGUGCAGGUCUGGUUCCAGAACCGGAGAGCCAAAUGGCGGAAGAGGGAAAAGGCCGGUGCUCAAAGCCACCCACCCGGCUUGCCUUUCCCUGGCCCGCUGUCGGCAUCUCAUCCGCUCAGUCCCUACCUUGAUGCUAGUCCUUUCCCUCCUCACCACCCAGCUCUCGACUCCGCUUGGACUGCCGCCGCCGCCGCCGCCGCCGCCGCCGCCGCCGCCUUUCCCAGCCUUCCACCUCCGGGCUCUGCAGCCUUGCCCCACAGCGGCACCCCGCUAGGCCUCAGCACUUUCCUGGGAGCGGCUGUAUUUCGGCACCCGGCCUUCAUCAGUCCAGCUUUUGGCAGGCUCUUUUCCACCAUGGCCCCGCUGACUAGCGCUUCCACUGCGGCUGCUCUGCUGCGACAGCCAGCCCCUGUCGUGGACAACGCCGUGCAAUCAAGCGGCCUCUCUGACCCGGCCGCCGCGGCAGCGGACCGGCGCGCCUCCAGCAUUGCGGCGCUGCGCCUGAAAGCCAAGGAGCACGCGGCGCAGCUUACGCAGCUCAAUAUCCUCCCCGGGAACAGCGCGGGCAAAGAGGUGUGCUAAAUCACUCCCGGGGGGUGGGGUUGGUGGGCAAAUCGGCCGAGGCACGAAUCCAAGACCAAAACGGGAGGGAAGCCAGUGGACGCACGCUUUCUGGAGGGGGACAGGAGGCGGGGUGGCGCCACUUCUGCGGCUUCCCUUGGGCCAAUCCUCAGGAGCCCACCCUUCCUCGGUUGGGAGUUUAUUCCUUGCUAGAUCGUCGACUUGGGUCAGCAAAGCACCUGCCCGAGUUGCAGAAGGCUGAAGAGAAGACCGGGAGGGCGGUGAGAUUGCUAAGAAAGCGAAGGGCAAUGGAGGCCAGGUUACGCUCUUUGCCUAGGCUGUUCUCACCGGGCCAGAAAAGAUACUUGCUGACAGAGCCAAGGCUGAAUCAAAGCCAAGUAGACCACUUGGGGAGGGGCGGGUUUGGUCUCUUGUCCACCGAUCACAUCAACCAAGGGUUUUAUAGUAAACCAAAGGGAAAUAUAACGCUAGCAUAUGGACUGUUUAAGUUACUAUACUGUGAUACUCAAUACUGUACAUACCAUUAUUAAAAAAUACGGAAAAAAAAAUCCAGAGCUUUGUAUAUUUGAAAUGUUAUAUAAUAAUUGCACUCAGUGUAGUGUUUGUACAAGUUUGACAUUUCUGUAGAUUUCUGUGUUGUAGAUAUUAUAGGGACUUUAGACAAAUAUUUAUGUACAAAUUCUUUAACUUAUUAAUUGUAGUUUCCCAAAACCCCGAAAGAGAAUGCCAGCAAGCCAGAGAAAGGCCAUCGGAAACGUACGUUUGUGUAAUAUUAUUGCUCUCACUUUUCCUUGCGAUUAAGUGGGAAAGUGUUACCCAUAGAAAAUAAAUAUAUCUCUCUAUAUCCGCACGUUUAUCAAUAAUUCCAAAAGCUACAUGGAGGUUCAGUGUCAUUGAAAACAACUAUGCUAAUAACAGGGAGUGUGGUGUAUAAGCAGAUACAAAAGAUUUAAGUCCUUUCCAGAACGUGGAGAAAAGAUGGACUUUUCACAAAUGUUCAAACUGAUAAGUAGAAAAGGGCUUUGCCAAAUUUUCCGAAAAAAAUCUGACUUGGGUUUAGUUAGUGUAGAAUCCUCACCCACUUGCCAAAAGGCUUGGCUGGGAAUUCUGGAAAUUGUAGUCGCAGAAUAACUGGAGGAGACCAAAGAGGGAAAGUAAGUCCAAAACUAUGAGGUGGAUGUAAAAGGCCCAGUCCUGCUCAUGUCUACUCAGAGGAAAGUCUCACUGAGCUUUUUGGAAAGUGGGUGUAAGAUCGUGGCCUAGGCAGAACCCUUAAAAUAAGUUAACAUCAAUAGCAGUGGCCUAUAGAGCCUUGGCCAUAUCAAAUGCAUUUUUUGGAGAGUAAAACCAACCCAGCAUAAGAAUUAUUCCCAAAUCAACGUAUUGGCUAUUCUAACAAGGAACGUUUACUCUAUCCUUUUCAAUGGGCACAUUAUUAUUCUGCUUUAUAUGUGAGCAAAGAUGGUAUGCGCGCGUCUCCCCCUCUUUCGAUCCCUUUUCGUUCCUUCCUUCGCCGAAAAUGCCUCUCCUCACAAGGGUGACUUUGGGAGGGACCUGGAAAGGCUUCUGCUUGGCGGCCUCCAUCCCUAAGCGUGGGCUUGUAGACCAGGUCGGCCUGUCCCGAUGCCGGGGCCGUGUAUCAGCCAGCAACUGUGGGGAACGAGGAGCUGGAGGUGUCUUGGCGUCCGCUCUGAGCCCUCACACAUACAGGCUGGUUGAAGUAUGAAACUGUGGAGCUGUCAGAGGCUGUCUCUCUCGCCUGGAAAUUUGGCGGGAGUUUUCAGGGCCAAGCUCUGAGGAACUAAAGUGAGGCUUGCCACACAUCGGGUUUUUUUUCUUUCCUCAGUCCCAGAGGCGGGAAGAAAAAUGGUGCUAUUUUGCCCCAGGCAUUACCGCUCCUACUUGCAAGAUUGGCAGAUGCUGCCUGUCCCUUUCCGGGAGUCGGACAGUAGCCGCGGGUGAGGGCCCAGCCCGAUCUCUCCCUUUUCCAAGCCAUUUGACCUGCCAUGCAGCUGAAGCAAAUCGCGUGAAAUUGCCUCCAAGGAUUACAUCGGCAUCCCAUUGAAAAGCCCCUGAGCCCCUGGUUUACCAACCUCCUAAUCCCAUGUCACGGCUGGUGCAAAACCCCCCCCCCGUGAAACGGCCCCUAUUCUUCCGCAGCUGGGGGGGGGCGGCUUUACAGUCGGCCAUGGCGGACUGAGCUCGCGCGCUUCAAAAAGGAAGGUCGGUGUUCCCCGGAUUAGAAGAGAGCCGGGCUGUCACGCCUGACAAGCCCUCAAAGCCGCCACAGAAACCCACGACCUUUCCCUUUCCUGGCUCUGUGGCAGCGGGGAACACCUAACAGGCCCUUGCGAGAGCUCUCCAGGUGUUUCAGCUUUGAAUGGGGCUCCGGCAAGGUAAGGAAGGUAAAAGGCCUUCCAUAAAUCCCAUUUAAGGCUUCCCAGGAAAUUUCACAAAGCUGAGCUCCCUGCUCUCUUUUCUUUUUCUAAGGCACUUUUCUCUCCCCCACCCCUUCUGUACAUCCAAAGGCUGUGUUUUCUGAAUAAGCUCAAUGGUGAAAAGGGGAAACGCCAUUUCACUUUGGGUAAUUCACCAGAAACAACUGAAGCCAACUUCUCCUAAAUUGCUUCGUUGUAAAUUGAUGCUGUAUAUGGAAAAGAAAUGGUUGUACAGUACACCUUUCAUGUAUGCAUUACAUAUUCCCAUUGCCACCUCCACCCAACAUACACAUACAUAUUAGGUUAACUAACAGGAAAUGAAAGGAAUUGAUCACAAUACUGCAAUAACCUAAAACAGGCCAUAGCUUGCCCAUUAAGGAAGACUUUUGGUAAAUGUUACAAAGAGAAUUUAAGAAAAGGCUUCACUGAGACGGCUCUAAUGGAAGGCCUCUAGGGUGAGAAUGGCAAAUUUUCAAAUUUUCCUUCCGUGCAUACUACUCUUCUCAGAAUUUGCAUUUAUACACAUGUAGUAGGCUCUUCAGCAUGUUUGUUUUUAUGAACAAACUGAAAAAUUCUUCCAAAUAACCAUAAAUUUAACUGACACCAUCUUAUACACAUAUGCAUUUUGGAGUAUAUAUAUUUAAAAACACCAUAGGUACAAAAAUAUUUUUAUAGAAAAAAAGAACAUUUGCUCCUGGACAUGAUUAACAGUAGAGUCUGAAAUGCAUGUUUUACUUUAAAGAAAAGGGAGUCAUUAUCAAGCCAUUAUGCAUUAAGAAAUGUCACUCAGUCAUUUUUAUUCAUUCUACAGAAAUCAUUGUAAAAGCCAGAAUCAUACUUCUGUAGGCAGCAAUUUUGUUCUGCAGGGGGGUUAUUACUCUGGUCCCUUAUUAGGAUCUAUACUGCUGCCAAGCAAUCCUAUAACCAUCUCAAAAGAAGUUUACCUUCAUGUUAUAAAACCAGUAGUGGUAUUUAUACUGUGCAAUAAUUAGUGUAUUACUUGAAUCCACUAACAGGUUCAUUUUAUCUCUUCACAAAACCUCUAGCCUGCUUACAGAAAGCUUGUGCCUCCUUUGGUGCUGUUAAAGGGGUAAAAGAGUGAAUGAAGGCUGGUAGCACUCUCUCUUUUUGCCUUGCCUUAAUUCCCAUCUCUUUUUGCUCUCAUCCAAUUAGUGCAGUGUAUUAAGCAGUUUAUCAUCUCAUAGUCAGCUAUUGAGAGAAACAAGACGAACACUUUGCAAUAGAGCCUGCUCUCCUUUGACACCCUCAGGUACUUACAUAUUCCACUGUGCUAUGAAUAAUAGAGGAAGAAUAGAGCACUAAUUCCCUCAUCAAAGAAUGCCUUGUCUGCUGCUUUGCUCAACAACACCAUUCUGAUCAAAAGAAAAGCAAUAAAGCUUAGCAUAACAAAACGAAACCUACUUAUUAGCUUAGUGGUUAAAUUAAUGCAGAGACGCUGCUAUUCAAAACCAAGGUUUGAAAACAGCCUCCAAUAACCUGAUAAUGCUGCCUUCAGGAUGAAGGAAUUUUAAUCUGAAAUUUGAAGCUGGCACAGAUGAGUUAAUCUAUUAAACAGCUAUAAGAGGAGUGCAGGAUGAGUAGUUCAAUUAAGAAAUAUUUAGGUGGUCAACAAGAGAAGCAAAGGAGGCAAGAUCAAAAAUAGGUUGAAGCUGGGAAAUAGAAAAAUAAUUUUUAUCCAGUAAGAAAUGAUUCUGGCACAAGAUGAAACGAUUCAUCAGAUUUCUUUCUUUUAAUAAAUACUAACUGUGAAGGCUGGCUUCUAAACUUAUGUAUUAAAGCUCCUUCUCUAUCCAUCAACCUAACUUUGUUGUUUAUUUUUAACUACACGGAGAAAAAGGAGAGUAACAGAGCUCAGAUUGCUCUGAGGAACUCCGGCUUGUUUUUGGUUUUGUAAUUCUACAGUUCAAUGAAUUUAAUAUGCACGUAAAGAUUGAUGUACACAAAGAAAGAUGACUUUUCAGUUUUUCCAUUGUUAAAAUAAGGUGAAACAGUCAAAGUAGUCUGUGUAGUCAACAAGGGUCAUAUCAGUAGCAGAUUUAGCUGACUAAACAUUUACUUGUUAACAAAGCAUUAAACAAGAUAGCUUUAUUUAUUUAAUGGUGCAAAAAUAUCUUCCCUAGUAAUUAAGAAGAAAUGCAAAAUUCCAUUUUGAAAUUUAUAUUUAUAAAAUUUACAUUUGUAGAAAUAAAAUGCUCAAAUUUUCGGCAGAAUUCUAUAUAACAAUGUAUGUGAAAUUAUAGUCUUGCUGAGAUUAUGUCAUGUGCUUGUUUACACAUACACAUUAUUUUUCAUUUCCUCAUAUUUUACAAUAAAUAUUCUGAACAUGGGCUAUACCAAAACCUGUGCAGUAUUUGUAAAUAUGGUAUGUUAUUCUAAUUUAGAAGGAAACUGCUUUUAUCCCUCAAAGCCUGAGCUACUGUAAUUGGGCAGCUGAUUAUAGUAGUAAUAGGUACUACUAAAAAUGUACAGCCAUCCAUAUGAUAGUCUCCCUUAACCAAUACUAAAAUCAUUUACUAGGAAAACAGAACAUUGCAAAGUAAACUUCCCAAUCCAGAGCUGUUUACAAAGAAAUUUCUCUCUACAUCAAUGCAAGGAUGGGUUGAACUACUCGACCAAACUAAUGCAAAAUCUUUAUAGAGGAGUUCUAUUGGUACACUGCAACUCACUCUUCAGCAAGGCAAGAUAAAUCUAAGCAAACGUUUUACCUGAUGCCUGUCAUUUGUAUUAAUGAAAGCUGAAAUAGAUGGGGCAUCACUACCACAUUUGUUUAUUCAUCUGUCAGUACAAUCAGGCAAGAAGUGGGGGAUAUAAAGUACAAAUGGCUUGUCCAUCCAUAUCAUUAUUCUUUUUCACAGAUAUAUUUCAUAUGAAUGCACCAUUCAGAUA